UAUUAUUCAGUUUGCGCAUUUGUUGUGUCUCCCCACCUUGAGUCAUAGUUGAUAAUUACUUUUUUCGGUUUGCGGUGUGUGAUAUUACUCGUGCCGUUAUUUUUUCUAUUUAUUUUCUGUUCCUAUUUUGGAUCCGCUGUGGUGUUGGGCUAAACUAAUUUUAGCCUUUGUAAAUGCAGUCAAUUGCAGUCGGAAAAAGGGAAAAACGAGCGAAUACUUGCAACGCUCGCGCUGUGAAAUUUUAUAAACACAGCGAAUACUUUUUUUAAAACAAUCGAUUAUUCGCGAAGCGUAGUAAACAUGCCCGAGAUCCUGAAUGCCAUAGAAAUGGAGGCGCCCUCGCAAAUUGAGGAAAUCUCUUCUGGGGAGCUAAGUGUCAACGUCAUUACAAUCAUCAAUACCAACGCCAGCUAUAAUAACAAUAAUAGUAGUAGCAAUAAUAAUAACAACAACAAUAGUAAUAGCAUCUCCAACAACAAUCACCAUAACGGCAACACAGAACCGGAAACGGAAGUUGAGGCAUCAGGUGACCCACAACAAUUGCAGGUGCAGCAACUGCAACAACUGCAGCCAGUGCCGAACUUUGUGACCAUUCCCCUGCUGGAACGUCGCCGUCGCAGUCACAGCCGCAGCCACUGCCGCGUAGUCCAGUCGGCGCCGAUCAUUUGCUUGCAGAACGGAUCUUAUCCGGAGGAUCUUGCACACCUCUCCCGCUCCAAGUCCUGCUUCCUACGAGUCCGCAGGACCAUCGCCAAACUUUUUGCCAAAAUCAUGGGUAGCAAUAAUCCCAGCGAAGCGGAUCGAUACGACUAUUAUGAUUGUGAGUAA